GCCCGGGAGCGACCACACGGACCAAGUGAGCGUGUAAAUGGAGUUUCAAUCGUUGUCGUGACUGUUUGUCCGCCGCCUCUCAUCCCUGCAGAAGACUGCGUUGAAGUUGCAGCAGCAUCCACACCACCGCGGCUCUCUCCGUCGCAGCCAUGGGAACCGUCCUCUCUAUAUCCCCGGCGACCAAGAAGGCGUCUAUCAUGGACGCCGAGGUCGCAGGGGAUGGAGUGAAAAACGACAAGAGCCUCAAGCGGCACUCGAUGUUCGUCUCUCUCUCCUGGAAGAAGCUGGUGGCCAGUUCGGCCAAGAAGAGCGCCAAGAAAGUGACCCCGAAUCCGCUGCCCGCCCCGUCCAGCCAGGUGGCUCAUCUCAACAGCGAGAACAUCAGGAAGACGCACCAGACCGAAGAGAAGAAACCCAAAGUGCCCAUCCCGGUCCCGGUGCCCACGGUCCCCAAGCAAAACAACGAGGCUGUAGCCCAAAACGGGAGGCUUUCCUCGGUCCAGAAGCAAUCCAGCAGCCUGUCUCUGGUGUCACCGAGGCGGAUAGUCAUCCAGGCUUCAACCGGGGAGCUGCUGCGCUGUUUGGGGGACUUCAUGUGCCGCAGGUGUUUUAAACUGAAAGAGUUGAACAGCGGAGAGGUGAUCCUCUGGUUCCGAAACAUCGACCGGACUCUUUUGCUCCAGGGCUGGCAGGACCAGGGCUUCAUCACGCCGGCUAACUUGGUGUUCGUGUACCUGUUGUGCGAAGACACGGUAGCGGACAGCAUCGACAGCGCCGCCGAGCUGCAGGGCACCUUUCAGACUUGCCUCUACCUCGCCUACUCCUACAUGGGCAACGAGAUCUCCUACCCGCUCAAGCCGUUCAUGAACGAGUCCAACAAGGACGUUUUCUGGGAGACGUCGCUCCGGAUCAUCAACAGGAUGAGUGCCAAAAUGCUGCAGCUGAACGCGGACCCGCACUUUUUCACCGAGGUCUUCCAGGACCUCAAAAACCAACGAGACAGCAACGAGUCGAACCUGGACCGCUGAGACAAACGAGACACUCGUGUUUUGUUUUGUUUCUUUUGUUUUUUAUUAAAAAAGAUGAAUGAUUUGCGAAAUCACACGCCGGUGGUUUUGAAUGUAACAGCCAGCGUCGAAGGCAUCUCACGUCUGGGCUGAAUGUCUCUAAUGAUGUUACACAACUGGUGUUUAGGCUACAGUCUAGGAGAUUUCAUCAAAUGCAUGCCAAUGGUACAUUGUCCUCUCUUGUCUUAUCCCUUUGGGUGACGCGGGGAUUGACUCCGUGGCGCAAAUCACCUUCAGAGUGACCCACUCGAAAAUCCCCGUUUCAUUCAUGAUGGGCCUCCUUGCUGGGGGAGUGAGCGGAUGUCGCAGUGAGGUGAGCUUCCAGGCAGGACCAGAAAUAGAUCCUUGUUUUUUUGUGAAGGAGUCGCGAGGCGGAGCUGUCCGAGGUGCUGACCUGUGCGGCCAUUUCUCCACCGCUCCCUGCUACUUUGAGUCGCUCUGGCGCGGGUCAGCCCAAUGCACCUUCAGCACAGAGGCCUAAGACUUGUGAGCAGAGGCACUAUGUUGUGAUCUAUUCAUUUCUAAAUCCUCCACCAGCUGAUAGGUAAGCGACUUUAAGAGGGCAUCAGACUUGGAGAUGUUCCUCUGAGGGCAACAGGUGAAAAGCUAUAGUUUCCAUCUGCACACCUUGACUGGAUACUGCAGAAAAGCAUCAUUCCGUGUCUGGCUGUCUUCACGGCUGGUUGGACUGUUUUCAGCUCCUUCUGUGUGUUUAAAAGCACCAAUUUCCUCAUAAAUCCACCUCAAUUUGAAUUAAAAUACCUUGUUUUUUGCAGCUGAUGUGACACUGUAGAGAUGUAACUGUAAGUGGGCUGUUGGUUCAAGCUGAAAAUGAGUGUAAGGGGCUAAAAGUGUAAAAGCAGAGAAGGGAGUAUCUUCCCUUUGUGGAAUGUAUUUGAUAAACUGCACUAAUUGGGCCCAUAGAUGGCCACAAAGCAAGAUUAUCAACCCAGGGCCUCUGUUGUGUUUUGCUUUCCAAUACACUGCAGAAGCCAACACAACUAGACUGAGUGGAAUGU